AAUCAAACAAAUGAAAUUCCCAUUUUAUGAUUAUGCCCUUCCAUAUCUUUCUCUCUCCUCAGCUGAACUGCACCUACAUGAGAAAAAAAUCCUCCCUUUCUGUAACUUACAUCACUUCACCAUUUUCAUGGCUUACCUAAACCCCAUAAAUUUUUCCUCCAUUUACCUUUUUUGUGCUCUUUUCCCCUCUAUUUUCCUUCUCUCUUACUCAUCAACUUCCAAAUUAUGAUUUACAACAAAAAAAUUACAUUUUAAACUCCUUUUGUCCCUUUUUUUCCCUUGACACUUUACAACUUUGAUUGCACCAUUUAGAACUUCUAAUGUUUCAAUUUUUCCAUCAUAAUUUCUGAAAGUAAGAGUGCCCAUUUCUUUGGUUUGAUGAUUUGUAGUAGAAGUGAUGUCAAAAUCAAGUCUUUAACAUUUGGAGGGGAUUUUCACUUUGUGCCCACCUCAAAUUCUUCUGAUCUGGUUGUAAUACUCUUGAUCUCUUACCUUUUGUAGAACCUUUAAGAAUUUGAGAGCAAUUACCCUUGUUUUAAUUUUAGUAUUUAUUUGUUUUCAGCUGGGAUUUUAUCAUGGUUUUUAGGGUUUAGCAGCAUAGGUUCUUGUAUUAUUUGAGGGUUUUCCCCCAUUUGUUACAUCUUGUUGUAUUAUCUUAGCUUACUGGAAGAUUAAUUGAAUUGGGAAUAAGGUAGAAUGUUGUAAUUUUCUGCCCUUAUAGAGGUUCUGUUGAAAGGACUUGGUAUUGAAAUUAGUGGUUUUUAGGAAAUCUGAUUCUUAUUGUGAUUUAUUUGGAAAAAUGGGGGAAAAUAGUGCAUCAUUUGUGGAAUGGAAGGAAGAAUUUGUGUCUCGGGAACGAGGCAAGCGAAUAGUUCAUUAUAUUUUGAAGGAUUCUUGUGGGAAUUCUAUACUUGCUGUAGUUGGCACUGAAAGGAGUCUUAGGCACAUGGUUUAUGUUGUUGCUGAAGAAUUUUUGAACUGUUCCGACUCUGAUAAUCCCAUCCAAGCCGGGUUUAAAUGGAGAUCAAGAAGGGAGGUUGUUGAUUGGCUUACGUCGUUGCUGGCUAAGCAGCAACAAGCAGAUUCUCCAAGCGGUGAUUCAACCCAAUCUUUAGGAUCUGCUGAGUUAAGCAAUCAAUACUUUUCUGUUGAUAAAAUGAAUCAUCAGGUGAGAAAUUUGAAGCAGUCCUGCUCAGAUAUUGUGUGGUUAGGUGCUGCAUGGAAUUGUGGAAAGCAGCUAAAGCACUUCCCAGCAUUUUGUAGGAAUGGUACCACAAUAGCAGUUCAAUCAUUUGUGUUUGUGAUGGCUAAAGAAGGAAACAGGUAUGUUGCUUAUCUAGAGGAUAUGUAUGAAGACAAAAAGGGGAUGAAGAAAGUAAAAGUAAGAUGGUUUCAUCACAGUCAGGAAGUGAAGGGUGUAGUUCGUUUGCGGAAUGCUCAUCCAAAGGAAGUUUAUAUUACACCUUACACACAGGUGAUAAGUGUCGAAUGUGUGGAUGGUCCAGCUAUAGUGUUAACCCGUGAACAUUUUGAGAAAUGCUUAGAAGGUUUUCCUGAUGGUUUGUUGGGAAAGCUACUUCUUUGUUGUCGUCAGUUCAGGAGUAAUAAAAUUAAACCAUUUGAUUUAAGGAAAUUGCGGGGUUAUUGUAACCAGCCUGUUAUAUCUUGUUUAGAGUCUGAUACUUUUCUGAAUUCUGACUCUGUUUUCCGAGGGGUGAUUGGGAAUAGAGUUAAGAUGUCUGGGUCAGAUGAUAGUGCAGCAAACGGGACUAAGAGAAAAAGGAAUUAUGGAAACAAAGAAAGCUUUUCGACUUAUUAUAAUGGCGUGGAAGGCAACGAGAGGAAGAAAUUUGGUUGGGCACCAUUUUCUAAGAGUGGGAACUCUGAUAACUGCGAUAACAAGCUAUUUUCUUUCAGAAAUGCGGAAUCCCAUCGGUCACACAUCCAACAUUUUAAGGUAGGUGACAAGAUAGAGCUCCUGUGUCAGGACAGUGGCAUCCGAGGCUGUUGGUUUAGAUGUACUGUCUUGGAAAUAUCCCGAAAACAGAUGAAACUUCAAUAUAGAGAUCUGGAGGAUCAAGAUGGUCAAGGAAACCUUGAGGAAUGGGUUCAAGCAUUUAGAUUGGCUGCUCCAGAUAAGCUCGGCAUGAGAUGUCCUGGAAGACCUACAAUCAGGCCAUGCCCUAUUGUCAAUGAUUCAGUGGAGAUUGAAUUUGAGGUUGGAGCUCCUGUGGAUGCAUGGUGGAGCGAUGGUUGGUGGGAAGGUGUUGUUACUUCAGUAAAAUGCCUUGGAGAUGAUAAUCUACAAGUUUAUGUUCCAGGAGAGAACAAGUUCUUAGAUGUACCUAGAAAAGAUUUACGAGUUUCUCGUGAUUGGUUGGAUGGAAAAUGGGUGAAGGUUAAGGCAAACCCUAAUGUACUUUUGGCUAUCAACAAAACAGACAAUAAACAGCCUUUACUCUCAACGCCCAGGAAGAAUGAUGCCACCGAUGGUUCCGCCCCCAAAAUUGAACUCAAUGAAAACGAGGAUAAAACCGUUAAUUUGCCUGCUCCAACCCCUUCUAUUGGCCAUCCGGAACAAGUUUACUCUUCUGACAAAGCCAAUCAAGACGAUGAUCAUCAUGUGAAUGACAAAAGUACCGAUGUUAAUGUUGAGGAUAAGGGUUGUAAUGGUGAUGAUCAUAAUGUUGGCAAUGAUAAAGAUAAAGAGUUUAAGGAGAGUGAAUCAAAUAGUCUCAAAUUAGUGGAAACUGCUGCACAGGCUGUUGAAGCUGUGGAACUCGUUGAUGCAUAGUAACCAUUCUAAUCACGGUCCCUGUCUAAACCCGCUAUUGUACAAACUAGUGUAGAUGUACCGUAAAGAGAGUGAUGUGAUGUUGAGUGGCAUUUGAUCCCGAAAUGAAGAUCACGCCUUAGAUGUACAGCAAUUAGGCGAGUCUUCCAAAUUGGUUUUCCUAGGUAAAUGUCUAGGAAAUGCCUGUGAUCAAAGUCCGGUGGUUAGAAUUUAUUUUAAGAGAAUUAGAUCUUGCUUAUAUUUCCUGUUGUAACAUCCAUGUGAACUUUUGUACUUCCUGAUCUCAGAAUCCGCGGUGAACGAGUUACACCUGCCGCAUUGUGCUUGUACUUCGUCGAUUACUCUAGAAUGUGAUAGUUCUUUUAGAAACUAUUUGUACAACAAUGUCUUUGAAGUUUUAUAGAAACAGAUGAGUUAUUUGGGAAAACAGUAGCAUUUGUACUAGAAUAUUGUAAGUUUCGCUAUAAAAGAGCCUUGUUUUUCUUUACA